AACCGAAAAGGAGCGAAUCGAAUCAAUUGGUACGGUUCCUAUUUGAUGGUAAAUGAAAAUUGUGAAGGAGAUCUAAAGCCUGGGAGAUUGAGAGUUGAAAAAUUGGAACUUUGUAGAGUCUAGGCAAAGGAAGAAGAGAAGAAAGCGGGGAGAUGGCGUUGAGCUCGCUGACAUGGGGUUACGCACGGAUCAUAGCUGGAACACUUCUCGGCGGAACUCUCGGAUUCUACGUAAUGCAUCGCAUCGAAGUUAGCUACAAGAUGAAGAUGGAGGAAGCGUUAAAGCAAUAUGAAAAGGAAAUGAAGAAGAGACAAGAAGAAGAGAAUCUUGGUCAGAUCAGUGAAGAUUCCGUUUAGCUUUUCUUAUGUGCGUGGGAGCAUGCAUUCAAAGUGUUCGAUGAAAUGCCCAAGAGAGAUUUUUUUUUUUGUCAACCAGAGAUCUUUAUUUUUGUUUUGUUUUCUUUUCUUUUUUCACUCUUUCGGUCUUUGGUGUGGUCUAGUAUUAUUAAAGAGCAAACUAAAUUCUUAUUACAUCAGAACAGCUGUUCCAAUCAAAUCCAUAA